UGAUAUGUAUAUGUACGUAUAAAGUUAAUCGCUGGAGUGAAGUAAAUAAUUAUUUCUAUGAAAUAAGAAAAGUGAAUACGGAAAAACUAACUGAUUUCAUGCAAGUGCGGAUAUAUCCACCUUUAUCAUCUUAAUUAAAUGUUGGACUUGUGGAAUCAUUGCUUAUAUUUUAGUACUAAAAAAUGUUUAAGAAACUUAAAGAUAAAUUAGCAGAAGAAGUGAAGUCGUCACCACAGCGAAUUCAACAAUUCGCUCAAGCUGCACAGGCGGCAGUAACAUCAGCGUCUAGUAGCAUUUCUGACAUAACUAACAAUGACCUGUUUUCCAUUGGCGAUAAUGAUAUUUCUCAGAGUCGCUCUGUCAGACCUAGUGCUAGACCUGCAGAGCAAAAUGCGUUCCAAGAUGUCGCCCUGAUGCAAUCAGCUUCCAUGCAAGCAAGCACAGAAGAAAUUGAUUUCCCGCCAAGACCUGAACAAAGCCUGGAAAGUCACAAUCAGAGGCGAUUGUCAAACAGCUCUUUUGCCAGUGACGUCUCAUUCCGGUUACCAAACUAUGAAAGCCCCGCUCUGUACCACUUGCAGUCGGACAUGGAAGUAUCGGCGAGUGAAGCGGAGGAGCGGGGAUUUUCUAGCGGAGCCGCCAGCCUGGACCGCGUAACCAAGGAGCAGCUGUAUGCCGCGUACAAGCGCACACAGCAGCGCUAUGAGAAGUACAGGACGCAAUACGCCGACCUCGCCCGACAUUAUAAAUUCUUGGAACGGGAUAAUGCCAAGGCUAGGAGUGUGCUGGUUGAAACUCAAGACAAAGCAUUGAGGCGUAUAUCUGAAUUGAGAGAACAAUGUACUCUUGAACAGAGUGCCAAGGCGCAUUUGGAAAAGGCCUUACGUUUGGAAAUCGAUGAAAAAAAUAUGAAAAUAGAGGCACUGCAAACGAAGAUAACUUGUAUGCAGGAUGACACUGAUAAUAAAGAUCCUAAUAACGAAGAAGUAGUUAUUAAAGAACAAGCUAAAGAAUUGCAAUUGAUUGAUUUUUCGGGAAAUAAUGACAGAAAAACAUCAGGAGAUGAUGGUGUAGAUAAUGCGUUAACCAACAAGACUGAAAAAUUAGAACAGUUAUUGAACAAAUAUAAAGAAUCAUUGAAGCUAUCCAAAGAAAAAAAUGCACAAUUAACUACUGACUUGCAUCUUCUGACUACAGAAAUAGAAAACAAAAAUAAAGAAAAUGAACAGUUAAAACAUAGUGCUGAAGAGUUGGCAGAGACUCGAAAGAAAAUUUUGGAAUUACAAGAAAGCAAUGAAGAACUACAAAAUAAGUUAAAUACUUAUGAGUUUAAUCAAAUGAAAGAACAAUCUGCGCUCGAGUUAGACUUGCAGAAAGCUCUAGAAGAAAUAAAACAACUACAAGGUAAAAUUGAGGUAUUCAAUAAGAGAGAAGAAGAAUAUGCCAUAUCUUUGGCUGAAAAUAAACUAAGUAUACAUAAAGAAUUGGAAAGUAAAGAAGCCGAGAUUAAAUCACUUAAAGAUCAUUUGUCAGCAUGUAAAAAUGAGUUACAAUCCCUUAAUAUAGUAGUCAAUGACUACAAGAAAAGUAUGUCAUCACUAGAGGAUGAAAAGUGUAAACUAAAUAGUAAUAUUAGUGAACUGAAUUCUAUAAAAGCCCUAGUAUUGGAGAAAGAAUCACAGAUUAAACAACUAACACUGAAAUGUAAAAAUAUAGAACAGGCCAAAAUCAAGGCUGAUGAAGAAUGUAAAUGCCUACAACUCCAAAUAAAACAAGAGACAGCUGAAAAAUUAGCAAUGGUUGACAGAAAUGCUUACUUAGAGACAAAAAAUACAAAACUAACCGAAGAAAACUCUAAAAAAAAAUCUCAAAUGAAUGAGUUAGAAACUCAGCUGCAUGUAUUAAGAAAAGAUAACGAAGAACGAGAAAACCGGACCGACCAAAAUAAAGUUCUUGAAGAGCUUGAAUCCUGGCGGAACAAGUAUUAUACUUUAGAAUCGGAGAUUCAGGACGAAAGAGAUGAAUUGGUCAAAUUACAGUCAGAAAUAGAAAAAUUGUUGCAAAAUCACGAAGUUUCUCAAUCUCGUAACUUGCAACUUCUUGAGUCAGUUUCAGAACUCACUGCAAAGAACGCCUUCCUAAAAGAAAAUAGCGACCAAAUCAACAAGAAGUGUUUGGAAUUGAUUGACGAAAUAUCAAUACUUAAAAAUAUAGUUCACGACACAGGGUCGGAUGCAAAACUGAUGAGACAAAGCAACGAAAAGUUAUUAUCACAAUUAGGGAACAAAGUGUCUGAAUUGAUUAAACAGACAAAUGAUGAUCAAAUAGGAAAUUUCAAGGCAACUAUUGAAAAACUUCAACAGGAGUUGUCUAUUGCUCAAAAUAAUCUCAUGGAGUUAAAACACCAGUUUGAUACAGCUUCAAAAGACUUAAUUGAGUGCCGCGAAGUCAAUAAUAAAUUGAAUGAACAAAUAAAAUCGCUACGCUCAGAUAAGACUACUAUGGAUAUAAACAUAAAAAAAGCUGAAGAUAAUUAUCAAGGUACCCAAUCCCUGUUAAAUCGGUUGGAAAAUGAUAAAUCUGUUUUAUUGACAAAAGUCACUGAGUUAGAGGUUUUAACUGCGUCUCUUCAAAGUACUAUUAGUCGUGAAAGAGAAGAAAACUUACCAUUACAAGAAAAGUUACUUGUACUGGAAAAGGAGAAUAAUAAACUGUUACUAAAACUAAAAGAAGCUGAGGUUGAUAAUGAGGAUUUGAAAACGAAAUUAUCAGAAAUAGAGGCUUUAAAAUCACAAAAUGAGAAACUUUUAGCUAAGAGCAGUGAAAGCUGCGCUUAUAUUAGGAAAUUAGAAGAUGACGUCAAGCUCUUGUCUCAAGAAAAUAGCUUAUUAAAGAAUCAGUCACAGAAUAUCGCUUCUAAUCUUAAGGCACUGGAGAUGGAAAUAAGUGAAGUGAGAAAGUCGCAUUCAGAAAUUGAAAGUGAAAAAGACCAUCUGAAUACCAUAAUACGGAAAUUGGAAGAAACUGAAAAUGCUAAACAAUGCCAGACAAAUGUAGAUGUACAAACGGACGACAGCAGUUUUUCCCUAGACUUGCUUUUUGAGGAAAAUAAAGUACUAAAAGAUAAAUGUGAACAGUUUAAGCAAGAAAAAGAAAGCCUUUACGAAAAGCUUAUAAGCGUUGAACAUGAUAAAGAUACAUUAGUUGCUGACAUUGCAACACAAAAAUCUUAUACCUUGGAAUUAGAAGAAGAAAAGAAGAAAGUUACUGAAGUUAAUUCUGAACUAUUGUCAAAAAUAUCGAUCCUCGAAGACAUGUCGAGAGAUAAAAAUGAAGCGGUAAACGAGCCUGAAUUAGAAGAUAUCAAAAGAGAAUGUGUUACACUUAAAGACGAAAAUCGACGUUUAACAUCUGAUAUCGAAGGGCUUCAAAUGCACCUUGCAAAAAUAUCUAAAGAAAACAGUACGUUGAAUGAUAAACUACGAGAGUUAAUUGCAAGUGAACAUGUAGAUAAAGGUGAGAACAUUUCAUCGGAUUUCGUUGAAUCACUAAAUGGUAACCAAUCCGAUACAGACAGAAUUAACGAAUUGGUAAGAGAAAACAUGUUGCUUGUUGAAGAAAACUUAGAAUUGAAAGAUCAGCUGCGCUCGCAAAACUAUGGCGAAACAUCUAACAAUAAUUCAACAGAUACGGUAGAAUAUAAAUCAGAAGUGGAAGUAUUAAAAGAAAAAUACAACACCUUGCUCGCUACAAAGAACAAGUAUGAGAAACAAUUAUCAGACUUGGAGCUCAUUAAUAAGUCAAUGAAUGGAAAUAUACAGAAUGUACAGGAAAAUAACGAGAAACUCAGACUUUCUAACGAGAAGUUGGAGAGACGAUUGGACGAAGCUCUCGUAAGCUUAAGGCAUUUGCAUUCUUUACAAGAAAAUACCGAAUUAGAAUAUUUGCGUAAUGUUCUUUACGAAUAUUUAACCGGUUCAGGUACACAUUCCGUUACACUAGCAAAGGUGUUAGCAGCUGUAGUUAAAUUUGAUGAAAUGCAAACCAACAUAGUUCUGCAGAAAGAGAAGGAACGCCAAGGCUUGCUGCGGCAGCUUGGCUUACUAUGAUAUCUGUGAAGGUUUAAGGAUUAGGAGUGCUUUGAAGAUUAGUGCAAUGUUCUAGUUAUAAAAAAAAACAUUUUAUUAAAACAAAAACAACUUGUAAAUAGUUACAAAGUGUCCCCAACGUCAUGUUUGUUUCUAUUAUACAUAUAUACGAAUGUUACACAUUUUAUAAAAAAAUAUUGUAUUAAUAUCAAUCGGACUGAUCUAUCAGUGAACUGUUAUGUCAAUACAGUCUUAUUAUUAAACUUUCUCCUAUUUGCACCUUGCCACAUUCAUAGAUUUGUAAAUUUUAUAACAAUUUUCUAGCACUAUCAGCAAUUUCAAUGGUUUACAUUUUGUCACCAUUAUAAUACAUAUAAUGUAUAUCUGUCAUCAAAUUUACUGUUUGAAUUUAGUUAUAGAUCAGUAACAUCGAAUUUAGAGUUACUUACGCCUUUAGGUUUUGCUUUAAUUUUUUUUCAUCGAGAGUAAUUCGUGAUACGGUCUCUUCAUAUAUUCCACCAAACACCAAGGCUAUAACCGCGAAAAUCGAAGUGCGCAAAUUGCGGGGAUUUUCUCUGUCACUCUAAUUACGCCUUCAUUGGAGUAAAUGAGAAAGAUCCCGCAAUUUGCGAAUUUCGGUUUUCGCGGUAGCCGCUCAAGUGGCAAUGAAAAAAUCUGACGGCAGCUGUGCUGAGGGCUUACCGCGAACCACGUUCGACGUGUUGCCUCCCUGUCACACUUACGUACGAAUUUACAAAUGCGACAGAGAGGCAACACGUCGAACGUAGUUCACGGUAGGCCCUCUGGCCCCUAUAGUUCAUGCACGCUCCCCUAGUUCACAGUCGUACUAAUUACACAGGCGUAUUUUCGCGCCUUUAGAUAUAGAACGCUUACGCCCCGCCCGGAAAACGCGUCUUUGUGACGGAACCUUUAGACUUGAUUUCUGCACUAAUGAUACCUACUAAUUACAACAAUAUUGUCCCUUUAAUGAAGUGUGCUGAGUGUGCACUACGGUAUGUUGUAAUAUUUGAAGAGAAACGAUGAACUGUUACCAAUGUACCUGGGCAUUUUCAUUUAACUUGUACAAGUUAAGCGCGACUUAAGUCGUGUUUCAGUAACGUCUAACCGUUACAUUCCUGACAAAAUGUAUGGGAUUUGACAUUGACCGUCAGUUUUGUAACGAUUGCUAACCGGCCGUUAAAGGUGUUCAAUUAAGUGAAAAUGCCCACCUACCCAACAUUGUUUAAAUAUAUAAACGUGUAUUUUAUACACAUAUUCUUGGGCAUUUAUUUAAUGUUUAAGCAGCGUACUUAUAUGGACGUCAAGGAUUGUAAACAACAAUAAUAAGUAGCUACGUCUACUUAUUGUAAUAUUUCUAAUACAUUGUGCAGAUUGUGCAAUAUCGGCGAUGUGACCGAGUUGAAUAGAAACAAGGUCCCGAAUACCGGAGGGUCUCGUAAAAGAUUACGAUUAGAUUAUAGAAGAUUACGGUCAAUGUACGAAACUCGCUGAAAGUAUUUUCUUUACAAUAAAAUUAUUAAAUUUUGAUAAAGGCGAAAAAACCAUGAACCUAUUCGUCACACAGCAAUGAUCGCUUUAUAAGGAUUUAGGAAUUCAUUAACAAUUUUUGCUGGAUUACCUUUUUAUCCGUAUCCAAAGGGUAAAAACGAGACCCUAACUAAGACUGCCAUUCCGCUGUCCGUCCGUCCGUCUGUCUGUCUGUCACCAGGCUGUAUGUCAUUAACCGUGAUAGCUAUACAGUUUAAAAUUCUCACAGAUGAUGUAUUUCUGUUGCUGCUAUAAUAACAAAUACUAAAAACAAUAUAAUAAAUAUUCAAGUGUGGCUCCCAUACAACAAAUGUGAUUUUUUUGUGUAUUGGUACGGAACCCUUCGUGCGCGAGUUCGACUCGUACUUGGCCGGUUUUUUGAGAAAGUGUGACAUUAGCAAGGUUUUAGCGUAAGCUAUGUUGGACUUUACGCACGAUCAUUUUUUUUUACUAAGACGAUAUAAUUUACUAUAUUUAGAAAAGCUUCGUCCUCUAUGAUGAUCCCUGACAGUUCAUUUUUAUAUUUUUUUUUCAGCUGUCACGUAAAAUGAUGGUAGAUACGUCUUGGAAGUAUAGCCAGAGUACAGGACAUUAAUUUGUUUAGAAAUGUAGCAUAUAAGUAACAAAGAUACGUUAAAAGCGUAUUUCGUAAAUUUUUUUAAAUUAAGCCUAACUCAAUGCGACUUGUAAGAACUGACAGGGAUUAUCAUUCUACGUGACAAGUAUAAUUGGCAAAAUUAAUACAAUAAUAACUAAUGCCUAAAAUAAUAAUAUUGUAACAACGCAUCGUAUUAAUUUGUAAUAUAUUGUUAAUCUUUUAUUCAAUUAAUCUAAUCAUGGAAUAUUAAGUUAUGUAAAUGAAAUUAGCUUAAAUAUGUAAUAUAACAAGGUUUUAAUUUGUAAUAUUUUAUCAAAUAAAACACUAUUUAAAUUA